AUGCUUUUUAAGCAAAAUCUUUUCUUUGCUUUAGCUAUUGUUGCUGCUGCAGCUGCGGCGGUUGCGGCGGUUAUACUACGCACUUUUAUUUUCGAAGCUUCGCCUUUUCUCUUAAACCUUUUUAUUAAGCGCUUGCUUAUGUUAACGACCGUUAAAGCUUUAAAGUGUAUCAAGUGCAUUAAUAAUAAGAUCAUAUCGAGGUCUAAUAGAGACUAUUAUAAUUACGACACGAGCGUUAUACGCUGUCUCCGGUAUGCUAAAAGUAGCUAUAGCAACUGCACCGCUGCUUUUGCCGUUAUUAACACCGCUUUCGAUAACUUCCUCGCUUUAGAUGCUGCUUUUUUAAGAGGUGCUGCUAGUAGUUCGAGCGGUCUAGCGAAUAAAAGUAAAGGUUUUAAAAGUAGUCUCGGUAGCUUUGCAAGUUUUGCUUUUGCUUUUAAGACUUUUAAUUUGAAUAUAGCUUUUGUUAAAUUGAAUAGUCUUAUAAUAGCAAACCGUAAUCCGAUGACGCGGAGCGCUUCGAGUAUAUUAUCUUUUCCUUUUGCGCUUGCCGCCCUUAUUGCUUUUGUCGCUUUUGUCGCACUUAUUGUUGUCGCUCUUUUUGCGCUAAUCGUUGCGCUUGCCGCUUUCGCAACGGCGCUCGCCGUUGUUAUAACUUUUGCGGAGCGCCGAGCUAAAGUAAAAAGAUUGCUAAAAGCUUUAAUCGAUCUUUUGUUAUAA